AUGGCCAUCAAAUUACAGUAUCUGGCUGACUUCAUUGCCGAGUACACUGACACCCCGGUAGCCCCCACAAAAUGGAAUCUCUACGUGGACGGUUCUUCAAACAAAACCGGGAGUGGCGCAGGUGUAAUUAUAGAAAGUGAUCAGGGAACCCAAAUCCAGCUCUCACUAAAGUUUGAAUUCCCUGCUUCAAAUAAUCAACCUGAAUAUGAGGCACUACUAGCUGAGCCCUUAGCUAAUGGCACCACUCAAAGAAGUCGGAAAUUUCUAUACAGAAACAUUAUUACAAGAUUCGGGGUCCCUUACUCCAUCACCACAGAUAAUGGCACUCAGUUCAUCGACACAGGUUUCAGGAACUUAGUAGCUGACCUGAAAAUACACCACCAGUUCACAUCUGUAGAACACCCACAGGCCAACGGACAGGCAGAAGCCACCAACAAAGUCAUAUUAGCUGGGUUAAAAAAAAGACUACAGGACGCGAAAGGAGCUUGGGCUGAAGAGCUCCCACAAGUCCUAUGGGCAUAUCAGACAACUCCGCACUCCACCACAGGAGAAUCACCCUUCCGACUUGCGUACAGGAUGGAGGCAAUGAUUCCAGUGGAGAUAGAAGAAGGAUCCCCCAGAAUGAUCCUCUACAAUGAAGAGGCCAACUCCCAAAUUCAAAGGGAAGAGCUCGACCUACUUCUAGAAGCCUGA